AUCGUCUGGGAAUAAUGCUAUCAGUGACUUCGCGACUCGACGGUCUCGCAUAUAGUAAAACGUGGUGUAAGCGGAAACGUGGAAACACAUCAUGCUGAAGACGGUGUCUAUCCUCUGCGCCGCGUUGGCGUGCGCUAACGCGGUUGUUCUCAGCGGUUACAACGGCCAUGGCCUCUCCUACAGCGAUUACAGCGAUAUCGCCGAUGAAUACGUAGGAUCCACUGCAUACAAAGUUCUGCCGACAGUCGCCGUCCCGGUGCACUCGGUGUCCGCUGCGCCCUUGCACGUGGAUGCAUCCCUGGACCACGAAUUGCACGACUAUAAACACGUCGAGCAGGAGCAUGACUACUACUCGCAUCCGAGAUACACGUUCAAUUAUGGAGUGCACGAUCCUCACACCGGUGAUGUGAAGACGCAGCACGAGGUGCGAGACGGCGAUGUCGUUCAUGGCUCGUACAGCGUCAACGAGCCUGACGGAAGUGUGCGUAUCGUCGAGUAUACGGCGGAUGAUCACAAUGGGUUUAACGCCAUCGUGAAGAAGGUGGGACCGGCGAUUCACCCGGUGAAGCCGGUGCCGAUUGUCAAGUACGUCUCGCCCGCGCACUACAACAGCUACGACUACGAGAAGCAUUAUUAACGGCUCGGCCACUGUAACGUGUAAAUAGCGUCGAAUCGGGCGUUUCGCUGAGGAACAUUAGCCGAUAACCAGUCUGCUAGUCAAUGCGACAGCGAACUACGUUCAAUUGGGCUACGUUUAAUUGGUUGAAUAUUGUGAUUCACGAUAGCAAAGAAAAAGAAAAAAAAAAUGAACAUUUGGGUUCGUCUAUUCUUAAAUAUAAAGAUAGUUUCUAAAGGGAUCGUCUAGGAUUACGUUUCUAAUCAACUGCGAGUUCUCUACAUAGUUAAUAAUUGAGAUUACACUGAAAAAUAUCAACCCCUCUGCUGCAUUUCAUCUUGUCUUGUGUCGAAAUAAAUGUAUCCUGUCUUAAUUUUAUUACUCGAUGCUCUAUUUCAAGAGGCGUCUAAUUGCUUAACUUAGGCCAACACGAGUAAUCCGAUUAUUUCCAUGGAUAACAGAAAUGUA